AUGGGGUCAGACCGUCUCCAUGGUGGCCGAGGCCUGCACCAUCGCGGUGGCCUUGGCACCCAUAGGGUCACGCCGAACUACUACUACAGGGCCCCGGAGACGAUCGAGGUGAUGCACGUCACCCGACGGGGCGAAACCCACGGACCUGUGGUGGUCCACGACGUCCUUACCAUUCACCCGAUCACCACAGCAGAGAGGGCAGGCUAUCAGCCAGCCUCUACGGUGGCUUGGUGUCCACUUCGACAGGAAGAUGCGUCUAGGUUCGGGCGGUCAAGGCCCGCGCAUCCCCAUAAAUGGCUCGCUGGCCUCAUCCCACCUUUCCGGCACGGAGGGAUGCGCACCAACUGCCAGUCUUGCCUUACGUACAGCGAGCUUCCCUUUGGUGAACUGCUUUCCUACAACGAAAAGAAAUCGAUUUGCCGACGAGAACUACCUUCUUACGCUACUAUGUGA